GGUAGUGAUCGUUUGCGUUAUAGAUAAAAAACAAUAACGAUAAGUUUGUCGCAUGCCAAAUUAACAACGAUGAAAAUAAUGAACUUUUGUUUACAAAAAAAAAAAAGUAAUGAACGUUUAGUUAGUUAUUGUCGGUUCGACGAUCGCAAAAAUAAACAAAUAAAUACUUAAUAUUAAAUUACUAAAAUAACCGCCGUUUUUUUUAUUUGGUAUAACCGCCAUUCAGAUCCAUGGCGGUAACUAAAACGAAGUUCGUGGCUGCAACAAAUCAAGCACGCAACAUUGUAGGCCUUGUAUCAGCAUGAUGUCAUAUGUUAAGGUGGAAAAUGUAUUACGUAAUGCGUCUCUCUAAUUAAGGCCCAUUUAUAUUGCCAAACUAAUAGGCCCUUUAAAGAAUUACCUCAUAUUAUUCGACGAGUAACCGGGUCGGGUCAAAAUAGGAGUCCAGUUUAUAAAGACCUCAAAAUUCCGUUGAAUUUGCGCGGUAACCCGGGAAUAAAGGAGUGACAUCUCAAAAGAAACAAGGAACCAACACGACGAGGAAAAACUAAAAAGAAAACACACAGAAACAAAUAAUAUUGUAAAGAGAGAGAGAGUUUUUGGAUCAAAGGGCGGGCACAGGAGAGGUGCCAACAACUUAUCAUCAUCAUCAUCAUCACUGCUAAAAAUGAUCAUGGCGAUUUGUUGAUUAUCCCUUUCAAAAUCUUUCUCUCUUCUUCUUCUUUGUUUUUUUUUUCAGGAAAAGAAACCAAGGGGGGAGAGAGUAGAGGUUCUCCUUCCAUUGAUGUCCUUUUCGUCUGUAAUGUCUCUCUCUCCACCCGAUUCAAAGGUCCUCCUGGAUUUUUAAACCCUAAUUUAUUUUUCUAUAGUAGGAGAGAAAACAAAACAAUAACUGUAGUUUUCUGAGUCUGGUUUCAUUUAUUCAAAUCAAUAAAUUGACAAAAAUAGAGUUUCUGGAGGAGAGAUAAUUUGUCUUCCUCUUCUUCUUCAAAUCAACUUUGAGUGUUCCAUUUCUGUAAAAUAAACCGGAAGGAGAAUGUCAGACUCAGACGGUUCUCCAAGUUCUUCACCACCAGCCGAUUCAGCUCCCCCGCCGGAUUCUUCAUUAGAUAAUUCUGCUCCUCCACCUACCGACUCUACAUCUACUCCUUCUCCACCGGCUGACUUAUCAGAGCCACCACCCUCUGACUCAGAACCAUCGCCUCCACCUCCCGAUUCAAUACUUCCUCUACCUUGGAUCCUAACUCCAUUAACAGACACUCCUCCUCCAGAUUCUAAUUCUCCACCGGAAGACUCCAUCAUUCCUCAGCCGCCGCCAACAUCAACCAAAUCCCCUUCUCCUCCGACAGAUUCAGAAACACCACCGGCUCCUCCAUACGAAUCCGAUAACCCACCUCCAUCUUCAGACGUUCAUUCUCCUCCUUCACCAUCAUAUUCUUCAACGAUCCCGGAAACCCCACCGUCACAAUCUCCUUCUACCACACCAUUAGAACCAACCAAUUCACCUCCGGCUCCACCGUCAGACCCAACCAAUCCUCUCCUGAUCCAACCAUCAGCGCCAGCAAAUUCCCCACCGGGGGCGAGCACAUUUCUUGCACCACCCAAACCUAACGGUGGUUCUGGUGGAGGAGCCGUUGUGUCUCCAUCUCUCACAGUCCCUAGCAAAGUAACACCUCCAACAAACGGAAGCAAUGGUAUUAGCUCUCAAGGGAAGAUUAUGGUCGGUGUGGCUGUAGCCGGAGGUUUUGCCAUCAUGGCGCUAGUAGCCGUUUGUUUCUUAGUGAGAAGAAAGAAAAAGAGAAACAUUGAUAGCUAUGAUCACCCUCAGUACUUGCCACACCCUAACUUCUCUGUCAAAUCAGAUGGAUUCUCAUACGGACAAGAUCCUAGUAAAGUAUACUCUGGUCCUGGUGGUGGUUCAAUGUACAAUUCACAGCAGCAACAAUCCUCUAUGGGAAACAGUUACGGGAGCCAACCCGGUCACCAAAUGCAAUCCAAUAGCAUGCCUGACUCUGCCAUCCUCGGAACUAACCAGACUCAUUUCAGCUACCAAGAGCUUGCGGAGAUAACUCAAGGCUUUGCUAGACACAACAUUCUUGGAGAAGGUGGGUUCGGAUGCGUAUACAAAGGUACCUUACAUGAUGGUAAAGUUGUCGCGGUUAAGCAGCUUAAAGCUGGGAGCGGACAAGGUGAUCGUGAGUUCACGGCAGAGGUUGAGAUCAUCAGCCGUGUUCAUCAUCGGCAUUUGGUGUCUCUGGUUGGUUACUGUAUUUCGGACCAGCAUAGAUUGCUUAUUUAUGAGUAUGUUGAGAAUCAAACGUUGGAGCAUCACUUGCAUGGAAAGGGAAGGCCGGUUUUAGAAUGGUCUAAGAGAGUCCGAAUCGCUAUAGGUUCAGCUAAAGGGUUGGCUUACCUGCAUGAAGACUGUCAUCCAAAAAUCAUUCACAGGGACAUCAAGUCAGCAAACAUUCUACUGGAUGAUGAAUAUGAAGCUCAGGUUGCUGAUUUUGGACUUGCUAGACUCAAUGAUACAACACAAACUCACGUAUCAACUCGGGUUAUGGGGACCUUUGGGUACCUAGCACCAGAAUAUGCAUCAAGUGGGAAACUGACUGAUAGAUCCGAUGUUUUCUCGUUCGGGGUUGUUCUCUUAGAGCUUGUAACGGGAAGAAAACCAGUUGACCAGAAUCAACCUCUAGGAGAAGAGAGUUUGGUCGAAUGGGCACGGCCGCUGCUUCUCAGAGCCAUUGAGACCGGAGAUUACAGCGAGCUCAUUGAUAGACGGCUCGAAAAACAUUAUGUGGAGCAUGAAGUCGUGAGAAUGAUUGAGACUGCAGCUGCAUGCGUUAGACAUUCUGGUCCAAAACGUCCACGCAUGGCUCAGGUUGUGAGAGCAUUGGACUGCGACGAAGACUCUGGAGAUAUUAGCAACGGGAUCAAAGUUGGGCAAAGCACAACUUAUGACUCAGGGCAAUACAAUCAAGAGAUCAUGAAGUUCAGGAAAAUGGCGUUUGGUAUUGAUGAUAGCACAGAGUCAGGGAUGAACAGUGGAGGUUACUCUGGGAAAAGCUCCUCUGAUUUCUCAGGGAAUGAAUCCGAGACUCGACCUUUCAAUAACCGACAAUUCUGAUCAUACAAAUAUACAAUAGGUGAAAGUAAAUACAUACAUCUGCCUCUUUUCUUGAAAUCUGUAAAGCUAUUAUUUUCAUAUAUUGAGUUGAGAUGCAUUUCUUGGUAGGUGCCUUAAGUUUUUGUUCUCUAAUAGCUAAAUGCCCUCAGAAAAGAAAAAUAGAACCAAGAAAAAGUUGUGAAGAGUGAGGAUGAAUAGUGAAGAACCUCUUUGUAUACUGAUAAACCUUCCUCCAUAAAUUUGUUGAUUCUUUUACAAAAUUAUUUUACUUUAGAAUAUUUUUUAUAAUAAUGGAUUUAUUUAGUACGUUAGAGUAUUUAGUGUAUACUUAACACCAAUAGACUCAGAAUUUUUAUAGCUUCACAUACCCGUAAAAUCAACCAGGCAAGGAAAAGCACAAAAGAAACCAAUAAUAGAAAGG